AUGCUUCUUAUAUUUGCCAAUGAGAUUGAAGUUGUAGAGGAGGACGCUUUCAGUGGAAGUGAGGACACUUUGUAUGUCCUCCAUCUGUAUAAUAAUAAACUGACUAGUUUUCCAUCUGCUGUUGGUAAAAUGAGGAAGCUUAUGGGUUUACAUAUCCAUAAUAAUCCUAUAUCUACAAUCAGGGAAGAUGUUCUUAGAAGCGUUUCAAGCACAUUGUCCGGAAUUAUUGUUCCAAAUGCUUUAUCAAACCUAACUAGUCUCAUUCGACUUGAUUUUAUGACAAGCUUAAUAACGGAAAUUCAAGAUACCGAUUUCAGUAAAAUGGAUAAACUAGAGAGAAUGUAUUUCACAAACAGUCCAUUGCAUACCGUGUCCGACAAUGCUUUUCAUGGACUUAAGUCAUUGAGGUAUCUAACUCUGGAUAAUACACAUCUAACUGCCGUACCGAAAGCAACGAUGAAUCUACCAUCACUUUUAGAGCUAAGUUUAUCAAAUACCAAAGUUGUUUGUACAUGUACCAGUCUAGGAUGGAUUAAACAAUGGCCUAGGCACAGUGAAGUGGAGAUAUACGGAAGUUGUUACAACAUUAGGAUGACGAUUGCAUUAUAUGUUUAUAAAGAGCUGCCAAAGUGUUAA